GCCAGCAGUAAAGACGCACCGCUGGUGAGACUCUGGAGCUGAACUGCACUCAGAAGCACAAUGAGAAGUCGCAGUAAUUCUGGAGUCAAACUCGACAACUAUGCCAGAACUUUACAACAGACGAUCCUCUGUCAGCAGGAUCCGGUGACAGGUUUACUCCCGGGAGAUGAGAAGUUACCUCACGCCUGGGUUCGAGACAAUGUGUACUGCAUCUUGUCAGUCUGGGCUCUGAGUUUGGCCUACAGGAAGAAUGCAGACAGAGAUGAAGACAAAGCCAAAGCCUAUGAACUGGAGCAGAGUGUGGUCAAGCUCAUGCGAGGAUUACUGCAGUGCAUGAUCAGACAGCUUGAUAAGGUGGAAAAGUUCAAGUACAGCAAAAGCACCAAAGACUGCCUUCAUGCCAAGUACCAUACAGGAACGUGUGCCACUGUAGUCGGUGAUCAGGAAUGGGGUCAUCUACAGGUGGACGCUACCUCCAUCUUUCUGCUCUUCCUGGGCCAAAUGACAGCUUCAGGGCUGAAUAUCGUCUAUACUCGUGAUGAAGUCGAUGUUGUCCAGAAUCUGAUCUUUUACAUCGAAUCUGCAUACAAAGUAGCGGAUUUUGGAAUGUGGGAACGAGGGGACAAGACCAACAAAGGGAUCCCUGAGAUAAAUGCCAGCUCUAUCGGUAUGGCAAAGGCAGCAUUGGAGGCCUUGGACGGACUGAACUUGUUUGGUGCCAAAGGCGGCCCAGAGUCUGUCGUUCACGCUUUAGCUGAUGACAUUCAACACUGCAAUUCUAUUCUCAACUCCAUGCUGCCGAGGGCAUCAACAUCUAAAGAGGUGGACGCUGGAGUUCUCUCUAUCAUCUCUUAUCCAGCGUUCGCAGUUGAAGACAUUGAGGUUGUUAAUAUCACCAAAGAAGAAAUCAUUUCAAAGCUUCAGGGCCGAUAUGGAUGCUGUCGCUUUCUUCGAGAUGGACACAAAACUCCCAGAGAGGACCCGAAUCGACUGCACUACGAGUCAUCAGAGUUGAAGCUCUUUGAGAACAUAGAGUGCGAAUGGCCACUGUUCUGGACAUACCUCAUCCUGGAUGGCAUUUUUAUCAAGAGUCCAGAACAGGUCCAGGAGUACAGGGAGGCUUUAGACGGCAUUCUCAUCAGAGGAAAGAAUGGAUUACGACUGGUCCCUGAACUAUAUAGUGUUCCUCCGGAUAAGGUUGAUGAGGAGUAUGUAAAUCCUCACACCGUGGAGAGAGUGCCAGUGGGCAAGUGUCCACUGAAAUGGGGCCAGUCUCUGUACAUAUUGGGUAACCUGCUGGCAGAGGGUUUGUUAGCACCUGGAGAAAUCGAUCCCCUCAACAGACGCCUCUCCACUAUCCCCAAACCUGAUGUGGUGGUUCAAGUGUCGAUCCUGGCAGAAAAUGAUGAGAUUAAACAUCUCCUACAGAGCCAUGGCAUUGACUCUGAAACCCUGGAGGACAUUCACCCCAUCCGAGUUCAGCCCUCUAGAGUUCUCAGCCACAUCUAUGCCAGACUAGGGCGAAACCAAAGGCUGGGACUCACUGGACGACCGUACCGGCGAAUUGGUGUGUUGGGAACAUCUAAAUUCUACAUUAUUCGUGACACCAUCUUUACCUUCACACCUCAAUUUGUCGACCAUCAUGAGUUCUACCUGGCCCUGGACAAUCACAUGAUCGUGGAGAUGCUGCGUGUCGACCUCUUCUACCUGUGCUCUCACUGGAGGAUGACAGGACGACCCACCGUCACCUUCCCCAUUUCACACGGCAUGCUCAGCGAUGAUUACAAACACAUUAAUCCUACGGUUUUGGCAACCCUGAAAAAAUUACAAGACGGUUAUUUUGGAGGAGCAAGGGUUACGACUGGAAAACUGUCUGAUUUUCUUGACACCUCCUGUUGUGCUCAUCUUACUUUUAUGGACUGUGAGGUAGAUGACCUGGCUGUGUAUCUGGACCAGCUGCUGGCAGUUCCUCAACAGCAUCCCAUUGGUGCCACUAAAGGAGGCCUGAGUCGCUUUAGGGCAGCAGCCAGAAAGGCUCGAGAGAUGGUGUCUCUGGUGCACAAAGCCAGAGAGCUCAAUAUACACAAUGUGCACAUGUACCUUCCAACCAAACUUUUCCAUUCUCCGACACCAAACCUUAAUCUGCUGGAUAACAAAGAGAAGGUGUCUGAGACGCAGACUCCUCAACCUCUGAAUCUGCCCAGAGAUGUCAACGGCGGGAUUGACCACCCAGCUCUGGUGCAGAUGCUGAAGCAGAAUCUGAACCUGCAGGACCAGGCCGAUAUCCUCUACAUCCUCUUCAAAGACAAGGGAAUAGACUGGGACACCAAGCUACACGGGAAAGGUUGGCCUGUAAGACGACUGCUGAGUGAUUUGUAUGAAAAAGCAGGAAGCCUGAAGCACUGGGGCCUCAUCCGGAUGAUCUGCGGGAUGCUACGCAAGAAAGUGGAAGAGCUGGAUGCUGCUUGCUCAUACUUAUUGAUCCAUCAGAAACAUCUAACAGUCGGCCUUCCUCCUGAGCCAAGAGAGAAAACUAUUUCAGCCCCGAUGCCUCCAGAUAAGCUGGCGAGGCUGAUCGAUGAUGCCAGCGAGAACAACCUCACCAUUGCCGUCCUCACUCAGGAGAUCAUGGUGUUUCUGGGUAUGAUCAUUCGCACCCAGCCUAAGAUCUUCAGUGAAAUGUUUCGUCUGCGCAUUGGUCUGAUUCUUCAGGUCAUGGUGACUGAACUGGCCCAGUCUCUCCAAUGUUCAGGUGAGGAGGCUACAGAGAAUUUGAUGAACAUGAGCCCAUUUGAGAUGAAAAACCUGCUGCUUAAUAUUCUCAGUGGCAAAGAAUUUGGAGUUCAAAAAAGUGUUCGUUCAGUGGGAAAUGCGACCAUCUCUGAGGUCAAUAUCCAAGACAAGAGCAAGCCCAGCUCCACCAAAACCGAAGUGAAAGUUGCAAGUAAACAGGCUGAUGAUAUCAAACUGGCUGUGUCAGUCCACUCGCUGGAUAUUGGAAAGAUUGAAUCAGGGAGAUACAGACUUCCAUCUAUCGAGUCAUUUCAGGGCUCAUUAGGAGCCACACUGGUGGGUGACAGCAGACACGGCCAGUGGCUUCGGCGCAGACGUCUGGAUGGAGCGCUAAACAGAGUCCCGGUCGGAUUCUAUCAGAACGUCUGGAAGAUUCUGCAGAAGUGCCAUGGUCUGUCGAUUGAGGGCUUUGUGCUUCCAUCUUCAACCACAAGAGAGAUGACUCCUGGAGAAAUAAAGUUUGCUGUGCAUGUGGAGACAGUGCUGAACCGUGUUGCUCAACCCGAGUACCGUCAGCUGCUGGUGGAGGCCAUCUUGGUGCUAACCAUGUUGGCGGAGGUGGACAUCCAGAGUGUGGGUGGUGUCAUUCAGGUGGAGAGGAUCGUUCAGAUGGCCAGUGACCUGUUUUACAAUGAUCAGAAAGAACUAGGAGCUGAAGAAAGUCUCCUUGAGAAGGAUCACAUGACUGGCAUCUGCAGGCUGAUCUACGACAGCGCCCCCAGCGGCCGCUUCGGAAGCAUGACGUACCUCUCCAAAGCAGUGGCCAGCUAUGUUGAAGACUUUCUUCCCAGUGGAGCCUGUGCCCUUCAGUGAGGCUCCAAACUCAAAUAUAAACGUGUCUGUAGAUAUUUGUGUUAGAAAAUAUUAGUGGAAGUGCCUUUUUUCCCCUAAGAAAUUGGAAAUAAGGUAAAAAGUGUGGUUUUGCUUUGCUAUCUUUGCCAAUACAAAACGUGAUGAAGUCCUGCUACAAAUGCAUAGCAUUGGAUGAUAAGUUGCACCAAGAUUUUGGCUAAU